UCCUACAGGGGGCGACAGAACCAGCUGCAGGGCAUUAUGGGGCGGAGAUGGCAUUCUAGUACACACUCGGACGACGGCAAAGCAGGACUAGUACGAGACCUGCAGCCCACCUGCGAGCGGACAUAGAUAUCGAUUAGAAGCACACAAACAAGCAAAGGUGUCCUGCAGACGGGAGUCGGCUCUCAGAUUCCGGUGUCAUGGCUCAAAAUGAUCUGAUGAGCAGCGCGGAGGACGUGGCGGAUCAGUUCCUUCGAGUGACGAAGCAGUACCUGCCCCACAUAGCGCGUCUCUGUCUGAUCAGCACGUUCCUGGAGGACGGGAUUCGCAUGUGGUUCCAGUGGAGUGAUCAGAAAGAUUAUAUUGAGACGUCGUGGGGAUGUGGCUUCUUCCUGGCCACACUGUUUGUUUUAAUCAACUUGCUCGGACAGCUGGGUGGUUGUAUACUGAUCCUGAGCAGGAAUUUUGUUCAGUAUGCCUGCUUCGGAUUAUUUGGGAUCAUCGCCUUACAGACUGUCGCCUAUAGCAUUCUUUGGGACCCAAAGUUUUUGAUGAGGAAUCUGGCUCUGGGAGGAGGCCUGCUGCUGCUGCUGGCAGAGUCUCGCUCUGAGGGCAGGAGUAUGUUUGCUGGGGUUCCUACUAUGAGAGAGAGCUCUCCGAAGCAGUACAUGCAGCUGGGUGGCAGAGUCCUGCUGGUGCUUAUGUUUAUGACACUGCUGCACUUUGACACAAGCUUCCUCUCGAUCUUGCAGAACCUAGUGGGCACAGCUCUUAUUGUCCUGGUGGCGAUCGGUUUCAAGACUAAACUAGCCGCUCUAACCCUGGUUAUCUGGCUGUUGGCUAUCAACGUGUAUUUCAACGCUUUCUGGACCAUACCAGCCUACAGGCCCAUGCACGACUUCCUCAAGUACGACUUCUUCCAGACCACGUCGGUGAUCGGAGGCCUUCUGCUGGUCGUAGCACUAGGUCCAGGCGGAGUGUCCAUGGAUGAGAAGAAGAAAGAGUGGUGAGACAGGACUGAACUCAAACGGCUCACUCCAUCACUCAGUAGUUUGCUCUUUGGCAACAGCUUUCACAGAAAGCAGGUACACUACUUAGGGAGGAAAGAGCCAAUUGAGACGUGGCCUCACAAACACCCCAGGACCGAACAGAACGACACGUUCUCCACAUCUCAUGCACUGUCUGUGUUUUCAUCUUGCGUGCUUACUGAAUCAUUUCUACCAGCACUUUUAGACAUGUUAGUUUAUCAUAUUUAUUUUCUAAGGAUCGGGUCAAAUUCUGUUAUUUGACCACCCCCUUGAAAAUGCGAAACGUCCGUGUUAUAAAAGCUGCGACUAUGCUGAAGAAUAACAAAUGAAUCUCUCUUGCCAUUUUUUUUUUUGCUCUGCAUUUUUUAUUUCAGUGCCAAGUCAGCAAACCAAAGACAUAAGCUUAUGUAUAUAUACAUAAUAUAUACUUAAUUCUGCUUAUAUCUUCAUUUAAGCCAUUUAAUUGAUGUGAAAAUUAAUUUAAAGUAAAAUGGUAAGUUGAUGUCAUUGAAAAUGUUGUUUUUGUUGGCCGUGUUAUGUCAGUCGUGUUACGUGUGCUGUCUCUGGGCAGGACUUCAGCUGAUAAUAUUGUUUCUGUGUUGAAAUCUGUUGCACACUGGUUAUGUUAAAUGUUUCAAUCUCUCCCGGUUUCGCAAAGAGAGAGUGUUGUUCAUGAAUAUUUUCUACCAUUUAAAAGUUUAAUGGCCAUUGCAUUCCAUUCUGAAGCUCCGUUGGCUACUCAUGUCCUUGUAAGAAGCUGUUAGUUUGUGUGUUCGCUGUCUGUCAUCAGGUCACUUUCAAGUUUACAAAAAGUGAAUUAUAGUGUUUCUCGACGCAAGCAGAGAGUGAGAUGACAAUAUUGUAACUCUGUGGUUUGUCAGCCUCAAGUGUUUAUCCUCUUUGUACAAAAAAAGAAAUAACAGAAAAAUAUUGGUUUUCUAAGUGUUUCAAAUAUUUGUUUUGACAUAUAAAGGAAAAGAAAAAAAAUUUGUGUAAGUAAUCGACAAUAAAUCUGUAGUGAUAUUCAAAUACAACCUUUUUGGUCUACGUGACAUGAAAACUGAUGUAUUGUCAAUGAUGCUGGUUGUCUGAACAUAAACAUAAAUCAUUUCUGAGCUGUCAAA